AGAGAGAGAGAGAGAGAGAGGGGGAAAAAAAAAACCCAACCAAAACCACCUCCUCCUUCAACGCUAAGCCCUCUAACAGUGACACUCCAACACAGAACUUGCGCAGAGGAGCUUUUUGUGCUAGGGUUCAGGGUUUAACCUCAACCCCCAGGCCCUACCAAAACCCUAGCGCAAACCACCAUGGCGCGCUUCCCAAGGCCCUCGUCGCCACGCCUUCUCUACACUCUCUACAAGACGACGGCGUCCUCGUCCUCUUCUCCGUCGCCCGCCGCCUCCGCUCUCCUCGGGACCUUCCACCUCCGGAGCUUCUCCGCCGGAAACCUGGCGCGGACCAAGGAGGACAAGGAUCCAUGGUGGAAGGAAUCCAUGGAGAAGCUCCGCAACAUCGGGAUCUCGGCUCACAUCGACUCCGGCAAGACCACGCUCACCGAGCGCGUUCUCUAUUACACUGGCAGAAUCCACGAGAUCCACGAAGUCAGAGGGAGAGAUGGAGUUGGUGCGAAGAUGGAUUCCAUGGAUUUGGAGAGGGAGAAGGGGAUUACUAUUCAGUCCGCCGCCACUUACUGCACUUGGAAUGGAUAUCAGGUUAACAUAAUUGACACCCCCGGUCACGUUGAUUUCACCAUUGAAGUUGAGAGGGCCCUGCGUGUUCUUGAUGGUGCCAUUCUUGUACUUUGCAGUGUUGGUGGCGUUCAAAGUCAAUCAAUAACUGUUGAUCGGCAGAUGAGAAGAUAUGAGGUUCCAAGACUUGCAUUUAUUAAUAAACUUGAUAGAAUGGGAGCGGAUCCAUGGAAAGUGCUUAAUCAGGCACGGUCCAAGCUACGACAUCACAGUGCGGCAGUGCAAGUACCUAUCGGGUUGGAAGACGAUUUUAAAGGUCUUGUGGACCUUGUGAAGCAAAAAGCCUACUAUUUUCAUGGUUCUAAUGGUGAAAAGGUGGUUGUUGAAGAAAUUCCUGCCGAUAUGGAGGCUUUUGUCACAGAAAAAAGGCACGAACUAAUUGAGGCUGUUUCUGAAGUUGAUGAUACACUUGCUGAAGCAUUUAUUAAUGAAGAGCCGAUAUCACCAGCUGAACUUGAGGAAGCUAUUCGCAGGGCUACCGUAGCAAGGAAAUUCGUGCCUGUGUUCAUGGGUAGUGCAUUUAAAAACAAGGGUGUUCAACCACUAUUGGAUGGUGUGCUUAGUUAUUUGCCUUGUCCUAUCGAAGUCAGUAACUAUGCUUUAAACCAGUCAAAGAACGAAGAGAAGGUUACCUUGGCUGGAUCACCAGAUGGACCUCUUGUGGCAUUGGCUUUUAAAUUGGAGGAAGGUCGUUUUGGUCAGUUGACAUAUCUAAGGAUCUAUGAAGGAGUUAUUCGGAAGGGUGAUUUCAUUAUUAAUGUAAACACGGGCAAGAAAGUUAAGGUUCCACGCUUGGUUCGGAUGCAUUCUAAUGAGAUGGAGGAUAUUCAAGAGUCACAUGCUGGUCAAAUCGUUACUGUAUUUGGUGUAGAUUGUGCAUCAGGGGAUACAUUUACUGAUGGAUCAAUCAGAUAUACAAUGACUUCUAUGAAUGUCCCCGAACCAGUGAUGUCAUUAGCUGUUCAACCGGUCUCAAAAGAUUCUGGUGGACAAUUUUCGAAGGCUCUGAAUCGUUUUCAGAAAGAGGACCCUACUUUCCGUGUUGGCUUGGAUCCUGAGAGUGGACAGACAAUCAUUUCUGGAAUGGGGGAGCUACAUUUGGACAUAUAUGUUGAACGGAUUCGAAGAGAGUAUAAGGUUGAUGCUACUGUUGGAAAACCUCGUGUAAACUUCAGAGAGACUAUUACCCAACGUGCCGAAUUCGAUUAUAUACAUAAGAAGCAAUCUGGAGGACAAGGUCAAUAUGGAAGAGUAGUCGGAUAUAUUGAACCACUUCCACCAGGGUCACCAACUAAGUUUGAAUUUGAAAACUUGAUCAUUGGGCAAGUGAUACCAUCAGGUUUCAUCCCAGCAAUCGAGAAAGGUUUUAGAGAAGCGGCCAAUUCGGGUUCAUUAAUUGGACAUCCAGUUGAAAAUAUCCGUAUUUGUUUAACCGAUGGAGCUUCUCACGCCGUGGAUUCCAGCGAACUUGCGUUUAAGUUAGCUUCAAUAUAUGCAUUUAGAAAGUGCUAUGCGGCCGCAAAACCUGUGAUAUUGGAGCCUAUUAUGCUUGUGGAGUUGAAAGUACCCACAGAGUUCCAGGGCACUGUUGCAGGCGAUAUUAACAAGAGAAAAGGCGUGAUUGUUGGAAACGAUCAGGAAGGAGAUGAUUCUGUUAUUACUGCCCAUGUCCCACUAAACAAUAUGUUUGGAUACUCGACAUCUCUUCGAUCGAUGACACAGGGUAAAGGUGAAUUUACAAUGGAAUACAAGGAACAUAUGCCAGUUUCCAACGACGUCCAAAUGCAAUUGGUAAACAGUUACAAGGGCACCAAGGAGGCUGAAUAGUCGGUUUUCCGCUGAAGCAUUCGCUUAGUCAAGUUUUCUUCUCUUGAUAAUUUUCUUUUUUAACUUUUUAAAUUAUAUUAUAUUUGUGAUUUUUUUGGGGGGCCAUAAAGAAAUUUUGAGAGGCAGCAAUAAGACUUUAGCUGCUCCCAUGUCUUGAAAGCGGGAUAAUGUAUCAAUGAACUGCACUUUCUCAUGUAUAGCACAGUAUAGAUAGUUCAAGUAA